GUCUAAAGAAGAAAAGGCAACCCGGAUCUGGGACCUCGAUGGGGAAACGCGCAAAGAGAGAGAGGGAUCGUCGUCGCCGUCUUGCCCCCUCUCCCUUCGCUCCUACUCCCCCUCCCUUUGCUCCUAAUCCCCCUCCCCGCCCUGGGUCGCCGUCCGAAAGUUUUGCCAAUUGGUUGGGGCAUUAUGGGAUAAUCUUGGUGCUCUUUGAGACGCCCUCUGGAUUCGCACUCAUACAUUAUGAUGGUGUCAAACUUUUUCGUCCAGAAGCCUCCAAGCAUAUUUGGUCAGAAUUCGUCAACAAGGACACAGCACCACAUGCUGUUUCUCUUAAAGAAUUUCAAGUUUUCGAGGACAAGGCCAAUGCCAUUAACAGUAAUGGUGUUUGUUCUAAGCUUGCUAACAUGAUCAAGAGGUCACUCCGGCCUGGCCAGAAACUUGCUGUUGGAAAACAGGAAUAUAAAGACAUCAUUGAAGCAAGUUUGAGAAUCCACUGCCUGUUUGAUGAAGCUGUGCUGGAAGUAAUAUGGGGCUUGAAGAAUCUCAUCAAGUUUUUUGUGCCUGGUGAAGAAUUAGAACUGACUCAUGAGGACCGCCUCCAGAUUAGUCGAGGAAUGAAAAUGGUCCUAGAUCGUUAUGGCAUUGAGGUUGAUGCUAGCUUGGUUAAUUCAGGUAUCAUUGAUAUGGCAUCGACCGUGUAUGAGUGUGAUCUUUUUGUGGAUGAACGUGCUGAAUUGUUGCAGUAUGGUAGCAACCAGAUUAAAGAGGUAUCAAGAAUUGAGACUGGGCUUUGGGAUAAACUGGAACUUGCAACUGCUCUCAAGUUAAUAUGUUAUCCUGAAGAUGAAAUUGUGACUGGCUUUUCUGAUAAGAUGCUGACAAAGUUCGUGGCAGAAAAACUGGUGGCUGAUGCACAUCUUUAUGAACUUAAGCGCCAUGACUGGAUAUACAUGGAUCUAUACACAGAUUUUGUGUGGGUCUAUGGAGUUCGUCAUCGGGCACUAGAAUUGUUGGGUUCCAGAGGCAAAACAAGAUUUGAAGUGGCGCCAGGGGUCCAUCUUCAAGAUGGAAGAACAAGAUUUGGAGCUCCUGCACUCACGGCGGUACAUGGUCGAAAAAUUGAAGGUGCACCAGGGGUGUAGGAUGCAGAUGGAUUGAGACAGAUAACAAAAAAAUAGAUGAACGUUUGGUGAUUUGAAGUGUCGGAAGCAAUCUGGUAUUCUCUUUUAGAUGAUAUGUUUGACUAGACUGGCAUUGCGUUUGCUACUCUCUUUCAAAUAGGGAGUACUGCUCAUUUCAUCUUCAUCCUUAAUCAUCAUAUAUUUAGUGGUGCUCAUAACUUAUUGAACCUUGGAAUGGUGUUUGAGUUGAUGUGACUUAAAUAAACUAGGAGGUCACCCUCCAACACCAAGCCCAUCACUGGUGGAUGGUUUAAUUUUUGUUGUCUAUAUGUCAGUUUAGACAAUGGUGUAAAAAGGUUCCUUUUUAGACCUUUCUAGUUUUUCAAUGGAUGGUCUAUAUUUAGGGUGGCUGUA